AUGCAACACUGUCAGCGCUGGUCGAUCAAGGUGUCAUAUAUGAGGACAUUAGCCAAUUGUUACGAUCGAUGCACGACUAGGAUACAGCUUUUCCACCGCCCUCUCACCAUACCCAUUGGAAAGGGGAUACGACAAGACGAUACUAUAUCGCUGAAGCUGUUCACGGCUUCAGUGAAUAAUGAAAUCACUUUCCUGGGAAGAAGGGGGAUACGUGUUGAUGGAAGAUUUCUCUCGUACCUUCGUUUCGCGGACGACAUCGUUCUCUUUUCGAGCAGUACCAAUGAUGCAGAAACGAUGCUCAACGAAUUGAACGAAGCAGGGAAGAGAAUAGGACUACGAAUAAACAGAAAGAAGACACAGUUCAUGAAGAACGCCUACUGCGAGGACAGAGGGGUACAACUUGAAGGCUCCCAAAUCAUGGAAACUUCGUCAUACAUAUGCCUCGGACGUUCUAUGAACAUGGAAAACGAUUAG